AUUAUUUUAAGUUCAAUUUUAAAAUUAUCAUCAAGCAAUGAUUGUGUAUCAGAUAUUGUGAAAAAUUGGGCACCACUUGUGUGGCUUGCACCGGGUGAAGAAUUCUUUCCAUUACAUGUGCCAAAAUUUUUGAAUAAUGUUAUUUUAGAUAAAAAUUCACAAGUGAAAAAUGAAGAAAAUUUUGUGUUAACGACCAAAGAAAGUUUGAAACUUUUAUUAAAGAAUAAAAACUCAUUUAUCUAUGGAAUAAAUCCAUCAAAAUAUGAUAUUCCAAUUUAUGCUGUGGUCGAGCAAUGCAGGAAUGUCCAAAAAAAAUGCAGUUUACACUUUCGUGUUACCUAUUGGCUUUUCUAUCCAUACAAUAAAGGUAAAAACGUGUGUAUGUUAGACAUAAGAUUAAUGCCCAUACCAAUACCGAUAGUCGAAAAUGAGUGCGCUGGAAGAAUACAACAAUAUGGGAACCAUGUUGGUGAAUGGGAACAUUUAAGUUUAUAUUUUGAGGGGAACAAUUAUCCAACCACACUGUUCAUUUCAACACAUGAUGUUGGAGCAUAUUACACCUACGAUCAAGUAUUUAAAGUAUUUCGCUACCGAAAUUCCCGUAAUGAUAAAGGUAUACUCCAAAGACCAACGUAUCCAUCGACUUUGAAAGUUUAUAAUAAUUCACAUCCAAUUGUAUUUGCUGCAAAUGGAUCACAUGGACUCUGGGCCACACCUGGGAAUCACGUAUAUAGCCGAUUUCCAUAUUUACACGAUGAGACGGGAUUUGGUGUAUCAUGGGCAACUUGGAAGAAUGUGGAAAUUAUUAAUACUACACAACCAGAAUAUUUUUGGGCACAUUUUAAGGGUAAAUGGGGUAAUCGAAAAUUUGGAUGCUAUCCAAUUUUUUCAAGAUUCAUCCCUUAUAUGUGUACAUUUGUUAAUGGUCCCUCUGGACCUAUGAGAGAUAAAAGUCCGUUUACAUGUUAA